GCUAAAACCGCACUUCGGUUCUGAAAUGUUGCAGCUGCUGAGUUUCUUUACGGGAGGCACAAAAAUGGUUCAUUGUGGGUCAUUUCCGAUGCCUCUUCCCUUCAAAAUCCCGCAAUCCGCCAAACCCUACCGUUUCUGCAGUUUAAGUAGUAAAAAACCCUAUUACUUCGUCUGCUCUUCUUCGUCGACUUCCACCACCUCGUCCACCAUUUCGCCGGUGGGCGGCGGCGGAAGAAAGAGGGUUAGAAAUCGGAAACUUAAUCCCGGCGAAAAGGAGGGCAUCGUUGAGGAAAUGAGGUUCGUUUCCAUGAGACUCCGCACGAGCGACGCCAAUGAGGCGUCGGCGACAACCGCUACUUGGCAGCCUUCCAUGGAGGGCUUUCUCAACUACCUCGUCGAUAGCAAGCUUGUCUUCGAAACCCUAGAACGGAUUGUUGAGGACUCCACCGAUGUCACCUGUAAGCCUGCGUUUUCUGCAGAUGUUUACUUCAGAAGGACUGGUUUAGAACGAUCAGCUAGUCUGUCAAAGGAUUUAAAAUGGUUUAAGCAGCAAGGGUUUGUCAUUCCACAACCGAGUUCUCCUGGGACUGUCUACGCUUCUUAUCUUGCGGAUUUGGCUGAAAAAAGCGCGCCAUCAUUUCUUUGCCAUUUCUACAACAUUUAUUUUGCUCAUUUAUAUGGUGGCUGUGAGAUAGGCAGACAGGUUUGUGAGAAGCUCUUGUUAGGGAGGAAACUAGAGUUCUACAAAUGGGAAGGAGAUGCCCAGAAAUUGCUGAAAAAUGUGAGGGAGAAUCUCAAUAAGCUCGGAGAGCAUUGGCCUCGCAUUGCAAAGAAUAAGUGCCUGAAAGAAGCUGCAAAAUCAUUCAAGCUUUCCGGACAAAUUGUGCGCCUAAUCAUCCUAUCAAAUAAUCAGUAAUUGAGGAUAAUCCAACUUCCCUUUUUGUUACUGACCAUUAUAUGCUCUAAAAAUAGAGAGAUUAUUACGUGCGGAGUCCGAACACAGAGAACCGUUCAAUUUUGUGAUUGUAAACAGUAAAAGCGCUAGGGUGAACAGUAAAAGCGUAGUGGUGAUCAGUAACUGUAAUUUUAUUGUUCACAGUCAUAAAACCGAACAGUUUUCUAUGUCCGGACUCCGCAUGUAAUAAUCUCUCUAUCUCUGUUAAUUUCGAUUCUCUGCUUCUAAAUGUUUAAGAAAGGAGUAGAGAGAUGAUUAGGUUCUGUUUGUAUUUUCUUUGCUUUCAUUUUGUUUGUAUUUAUUUAUUUUUGUUUUGUUUUCAUUUCCAUUUAAAAUAAAAAUAUAUUUGAUUCU